AGCGGAAGUGGCCCAGGCAUCCGGCGGAAGUGCCCGUUGUCCGGGGAGACGCGGCGCGGCGGAGGCGACCGGGGCCGGGACUGCGCCAAGGAUGUGGCGGAUGCUGCUGGCGCUGGCCUGGCUCGGUAGGGCCCUGUCUUCAGGGGCUGCGGCGGCGGAGCAGAGCGGCGGCGGGCAGCCCCUCUGGGACGGGAACGGGGCCGAGGCCGGCUCGGUGCAGGGCGGCGGCUCGGCGGUGCGAUACCGGACGGCGGAGAUGGCGGACGCGGCGCUGGGCAGCGGGCUCCCCGCGCAGCAGGCUCCGGUGCUCUCGGUGGUGCCGGGGGAGGCGAGGGACGGCCGGGCCUCUGCUGCCGCCGCCGCGGAAAGUUGCGAGGCGGCGGCGGGAGGCGAUGCGUGCGGGGCGGGGAGCGGCCCGGGCCGGGAGCAGGCCGGGCUGGAGACGGUGCUGCCCGCGCCCGCCGAGGAGCCGAACGGUACCGACAGCGCCAAAGCCCCCAAAGUGAACUGCGAGGAGAGAAAUAUCACCGGCAUCGACCGCUUCACGCUGCAGAUCCUGAACGUGUCUCAGGACCUGAUGGAGUUCUUAAACCCAAACAGCAGUGACUGUACGUUAGUAUUGUUCUACACGCCGUGGUGCCGCUUUUCGGCCAGUCUGGCACCUCAUUUUAAUUCUCUACCUCGAGCGUUUCCAACUCUUCGCUUCCUGGCGUUGGAUGCAUCUCAGCACAGCAGUUUAUCAACUAGAUUUGGAACUGUGGCCGUACCCAAUAUCCUCCUUUUCCAAGGUGCUAAACCUAUGGCUAGAUUUAAUCAUACAGACAGAACACUGGAAACACUGAAAGACUUCAUUUUUAACCAAACAGGUAUCGAAGCUAAAAGCGACGUGGCUGUGACCGAGGAAGACUGGGAAGGCCCCCUGCCCAGCGUUCUGACAAAAGGCAUAGACUGGCUGCUUCUCUUUUCUUUGCUCUUCCUGGCUAGCUUUGUCAUGUACGCUACCGUCCGAACGGAGAGCAUUCGGUGGCUGAUCCCUGGACAGGAGCACGAACAUCAGGAAUAAUCUGGGAUGCUGAAAUAGGGACAGAAUUUCCUGCUUAUUGGUAAAGCGGGAAUUUGUAUGGACUAGAAAUACAUAAGAAUGAACUGUUGAAUUCUUCGGUUGUAAUUUAUAAUAUUGACUAAAAAUCUGCUUUAUUUAUCAACUACGGCAUCUGUAAAAAGCAAAUUUGUGGCAAUUAAUGUGGUAAAUAAACAAAUAUGAAAAAACAGGAACUAAAAAAGUAUUUCUUAAGCUGCUCUGAUCGGCUUAUUUUUCAUGGACUUUAAUGUAAAUAGGUGAUAACAGUCCUACUUUGCUCUCCUGAAGAGGUCCCUGAGCUUCGUAAAUUGAAUAAGAUUUUUACAGCACAUUGGCCUGUAUGCGUGGCACAGGAGCAGAGUUGCUUCUGCUCUGGUGGAAUCUGAGGAUCUUUUACAGAUCCUACAGACGUAGGAACUAAAGACUGUGCGUGGACGAUGUGGUAGGCGCUAUGUAAUUAGGAUGCGUUAGCCCACAGAGAUCGUGCUCAGGUUUUGGCUCAUGUGUUCCUGAAAUAGAACAUGUUAAAGGAAAACGCUGGUGAAUGUGAUGUUGCUAAAUUAGUUUGACCGUCCGUAAAAUGAAUUACGAAGAAAAAGAUGUUUUAUAAUAAGGUGCUUCAAAUUAGUUAUUCCACUGUAUGCCAGCAGUGACAAUUCAGAAGUAUGUUAUACAGCUCUCGACGGGUGACUGUUUCCCACCUCAGUGCUGGGGUUUGCUGGUUUUCUUGUUCCCUGUGCUCUGAGUUUUGACUUAGUGGCAUAUUUCUUUGUAAGAUUUAGAAUUACUUCCAAAGCUCACCUCAUUGUGUGUGUGAUUACACAACUUAUUUACUGCGUUCGUAUAGAAUUAAAUUGCAUUCAUUGUCAUUCUUUUUGAAAUAAA